AUGAAUGCACCUAAUCAAGAACCUGUAUACAGAAAAGUUGCGGUAGUAGAAAAUUUCUUUGACAUUAUUUACACGGUUCAUGUAGAACUUGAAGGAAGACCGGGAAAACAUGCAGGACAGAAACGCACAUAUAGAACGAUAACAGAAACUUACGCGUUUCUACCCCGGGAAGCGGUAACGCGAUUCCUAACCGGAUGCGCAGAAUGUGCGCGGCGUCCCCGUAGUGCAUCGCCGCCUCCUUUACCGACACCAUCACCAUCACCAACCAGACACCCUCCAUAUCUACCAUUUCUACCCCACUGCCCUCCAGAAUACGCCAGAAACUGGGAAUCCGAGAUAGACGCCGCGCAGAACUACUCAUUCGAACCAAAAUACGAUUACACAGAUCUGCAACCCCUUAAAAAAGUAGAAAGCCCGCGGCCAGCUGACGUAGAAGAUGAACCAACAUACAUCGAACUGACAUCCAAAAAAGUUAAUGGCUAUGAAUCGUCUGCGUUUAAGCGGAGUCCUUCCGUAGAGCCGUUCAGAGAAACUGAGCCAUUACGGACCGACCCGGAAAUCGACAAAGACGAUAGCCUAAUCGACGUCGAAGAUGUGAAACCGGACAGUCCGCCUCCAUUGAAAAAGGAUGAAAAAGAAGAGUCCAAUGAAAGUACCAGGGCCGCAGAGAACGAAAGCGAUAGAGUUAAGAAGUAUAAUCCGUUAGAUGUCGCCAAUUUGACGUCUAGGGAUCCGCCAAAGUCGUCACCGCCUCGGAAGAAGCUGUUGCCAUCGACUUCAGAGACCUGCAGCACGUUUGGCACGCUACCAAAGCCGUGGAGGCCGGAUGGAGGCUUGUACUACAGCGACGACGUCGACUAUAGUGUACCGAUAACAACGGCGUACUUGAAGCACAUGAAGAGUUUGUCUUAUCAAGAGCGCUUGGACGGCGAAAAUAAGGUGAGUUUUAGUUCUAACAACUUAUUAGCCUUGGUCUCUGGUUUAAUAGAACAAUUAAAAAACCAAUAG